AUGAAAGAGUAUCCUCUAACAACUGUGUCGUAUGGUGUAUCAUCAUCGCCAUUUCUUGCUAUUCGUACCUUGCGUCAGUUGAUUGAAGAUGAAGGACAAAGAUUCCCUGCAGCCUCUGAAGCUUUACGGUUUUCUACUUACAUGGAUGAUAUAGUCACAUCAGUCCCAUCAGUGGAAGCAGCCAAGCAACUGCAGUCCGAGCUUACUGAAUUGUUAAUCAAAGGGCAAUUUGAAUUGCGAAAGUGGGCCAGCAAUCAUCCUGCCAUUCUAUCAAAUCUCCCUCCUGAGCAUUGUGCUAUUGAAGCAAAAGAUUUCACUUUGGAGUCUGACAAAACCACUAAAAUUCUUGGCUUCCAGUGGAAUCCAAUUGGUGACUACCUCUUCUACAGGGUAAAGGUUCCAUCCAAGCUAGCUACAAAACGAAACAUUUUAUCAACUUUAGCACAAAUUUUUGAUCCAUUAGGAUAUUUGACACCUUUCAUGCUUACCAUCAAGAGUGUAAUUCAAUAUCUAUGGCAAUCUGGAUGUGACUGGGACGAUAUAGCAUCCGUGGAGGUAGUGAAAAAAUGGGAGUUUAUUUGCAACCAAUUACCCCUGUUGGAAAAACUGAAUAUUCCUCGUUGCUUGAACUUUGAGUUGUGUGAAAAUAUACAGCUGCAUGGUUUUGCUGACAGCUCAGAACGCGGCUAUGCUGGAGUGGUUUAUUUGCGAGCCUCAUUGAAGGAUGGUAGCAUGGUAUGCACAAUACUAAGAUCUAAAGCCAAGGUAGCUCCAUUGAAGAAAAUCACACUGCCACGUCUGGAGCUUUGUGCGGUUGUCCUAGUAGCUAGAUUAUACAUGAAGUUCAAGAAGUGCUCUCAAAAAUUAUAA